CAGCCCAUUAUUAUCUGAAGCAUCCCUUCUCUAACGUUGCGUUUCGUUGCAUCUGUGAGUUGAAGGUGAAACCCAGAAGCAUUCACACUCUCCAUACCGCAAAGCAUUCAAUCAUCCCUUCUCAAAACGCUGCGUUUCGGUCGAUCUCUGAGUUCAAGAGAAAGCUGCGGGUCACAAGAAGUUGCAGGAAGUCAUCAGUGUUUUAGUCUUUAAUUAUAGCACAAGCAGAGUCCUAGUUGCAUACAUAUCAGGGGCAAAGACAAUUAGCCAUCAUGGAAACCUCUAAAGCAGAGGAGCCUGUUGUUUUGGAUCGUGCUUCUCGAAUAACAAGAGGGAAACGGAUGAACAAGUUGCUUGAUGAGGAGGUUGAACAGGAUGAUUAUUUCUGGAAUCAGGAUGCUCUUAAAGAGGAAGAAAAUGAUGUGAAUUAUGAAGAAGAAGCAGAGGUUGCAGAUGAGUUUGAUAGUGACUUUGAUGAAGAUGAACCUGAGCCUGAUGAAGAGGUAGAAAAUGAUGCUGAUGACAGACCACGGACAAAGAAGCGGCUAAGUUAUCCCGGAAAGACAUUGGCAAAGAAGAAAAAGAAAAAAGUCCUUUCAAAUUUAGAAAGGGUUACCAAGGAUGAAAAAACUUCCCCGGAGUCCACAGUCCCUGAAAAUAAUGAAGUCCCUGAUGAUCUAGAAGUAGAAAGAAUAGUAAGGAAAUCCACCAGAACUUCAGUCAUUGUCAGGCAAGCUGAAAGAGAUGCUAUACGUGCAGCUUUGCAAGCAACGAUGAAGCCAAUAAAAAGGAAAAAAGAAGGUGAGGAGAAGAAGAUGACACAAGAAGAGAUGCUUUUAGAAGCAGCUCAGACAGAAAUCAUUAACUUGAGGAAUUUAGAACGUGUGUUAGCAAGGGAGGAAGAAGUCAAGAAAAGAGCAAUUGUGCAUAAAUCAGUCUAUAGUGGUCCACAGAUACGAUAUUCUUCAAAAAAUGGUUGUUCUUAUUUAGAGUUUAGUAAAGGACUGUCAUUUCAGUCAGAGCUUUCUGCAACAUCUGUUCCAUAUCCAGAGAAGGCUGUGUGUGCUGUUACCGGAUUGCCUGCCAAGUACCGUGAUCCAAAGACUGGGCUACCUUAUGCAACCAAAGAAGCUUUUAGAAUUAUUCGUGAGCGAAGCCGUGUCGACAAGGGCAUGAUUUCAUACACUCAUCGGGUGGAAGCAUGAUAAACCUCUACAAGGAUGGCAUGUAAAUCAGAAUUUGAAUUGGUCGAAGAUGGGGGAGUUAGUCAUCUUCACCUGUAAGGAAGUUAUAGUUCUCCUAGUCUUCUCGUGUUGGGGGUUUUUUAAAAUGUAAAGCCAAGUUGACAUACUAAUACGACCCAAAAAAUAUCCAUUGCAGGCUAUGACAUUGGUGUUGUGAUCAGGGCUGCAAGUUAAAUUUGAAUUAACCCAAGCCCUCUCCCCACCUUCAGACAGGCUUUGGGAUUUAAUAUAACCUCUAUCAGACCAUGCUUGUUCUAUCAACAAUGUCUGUCUCUGUUAAAUCUAAACCUAAUUACUGAACCUUGAGGAGACUUCAGAGAAGAGAAUCAAGUACCAACUGAUGCCAUUGCCAUCGAACAUUAGCCAUGCCAGCACCGGUUCAGUUGCAAAUAUCUGACAUAAAUCUCGAUUCUAAGGCCUUGGUAAAGUAUCACUUUCUCAUUGAUUGCUGUCGAGAAAUCUGAAGAAAAGAACACUGGAACCUUGUAUUCUUUGUUGUUUGGUUCAUCAAGAAAGGUGACUAUCAAUAUGUAAGGCUUGUACAAGUUGUAUUGCUUGAAUUGCCAAAGAUGUAAAGGGCCAUUUUUAUACCAUUUGCCACUUAAAUCAAUGCUUGGGAAAUUGUCAUCUCUUGGUA